GUCUGUGCCUAAUGGUUGUAAUAGUAAUGCAUGCACUGCAAAUUUACGUUGGUCUGUAAGCGGUCAUGGUUCAUUUCUUCGUUUACGGAUGGAAGCAUUUCUUCGAGAUUUGCCAUCUUAUGCAAUGUAUAUAGCAUUAGGAUUCUCGAAUGAUCAAUAUAUG